AUGUUUGACACGUUGCGCUCCGUCGUGUUCUCCACCGUGUUCUGGAUCGACCUUGGGAUCAUCGGGACUGUCGUGUCUGCGAUCCUGGGCAUGCUUGCGGCUGGCUUGGUCAUACUAUACAAUGAGCGCUACUGGGAAGAGCCAGUCGUUGGUGUCGCGGCGAGAUGGAACAUCUGCUACCUGAUUAUGUUUCUCAUCUGGUGGCGAAACUACCCCCGGGUGGAGCUGGCUCUGUACCAAGUCAUCUGGACGGCGUUUGCCCUCCUGGCAUUCAUGACCUACGGGUCGGGGGUACGGUGGUUGCUUGGUCUGGAAUCGACAUUAGACCUGGACGAGUAUGACAUCGAGGGCCGCGUUAUCCUCCGAGUUAAAGCAGUUCUCCCGUGGUGCCGGCUUUUCGUGCUCGAGCGCGAUCUUCCGGAGCGCAGUUGGUGGUCCGGCGUGUAG